GAUAUCAAAGUACUGUCGCGAAGUUGUAAACUUCCGGUAUAUUUUGACAGCUGAUUCACGUGGUUAAUUUGAAGUCGCUUCAGUUGCCAUUAGAAAACCACUUUGUAAUUGAAAACGAUAUAUAUAGUUUCAAAAUGGCUGGAAUUACAGAGGCACAGCUGAAAUUAGUCGCAGAUCUUGAAAUGGAAAUGAUGGCAGACAUGUACAAUAGGAUGAGUACAACCUGUCAGAAAAAAUGCAUACCUGCUCGAUAUAAAGACUCUGACCUAACAAAAGGAGAGACUGUGUGUAUAGACAGAUGUGUAGGUAAAUAUAUGGAAAUUCACGACAGAAUCGGUAAAAAAUUAACACAAAUGUCACAGCAAGACGAGGAACGUGUAAAACAGUUACAAGCACAGAUGCAACAAUGAUGAAGAUUUCUAAUUAGUGAUUUUUUUAAAUGAUAUAGAACUCAAGAGGGCGACAAGUGUGUUCAAAAAUGCAGCCAAUGAGAUAUGAUUGUUAACUAAUAUCUUAACUGGAUAAGAGAGAGAGAGU